GCUCUCGGUCUCUUCAUUUUAUAACAUUUUGAUUUUAUUAUCCACACAGAUCCUUCCACAGCAGGAUGUUUUUCCUCUGUCCUGUGUGCAAAAAGGCUCCUCACUCUCUUCCUGGGCAUCUCAGGAAGGUGUGUAUGAGGAACAGCACAGAAGCAGAGAUCCAGGCUGUCGUCAAAGAGGCCAAGAAGGAGUUGUCUGAAUUCUGUCACAAAGGACGUUUCUGGGAGUUUGGAAAAAUUUGUGACAUAUUGGACUCUACUAAUCCUCUGGCCAGGAUGAUUGCGGAGAUGCAGUCAAAGGGGUUGGUGAUUAAUAACUUACCUUCAGUCCUCCCGGAACCAGCUCGGUCGACAACAUCUUCUGUGCCUCAAAGCUCUGGAGAAGGUGCAGAAAGUUCAUUGGAGCCUCCAAAUGAGUCCUUAUCCGACGAGAGCUCGGGAGAGUACUAUCAGAGCACUGGUGGACCGAUGUGGACCUCUUCCGUGAGGGUGGAGAUGGUCAAAAAAGGCUUAUACAACAAGCACUCCAUUGACCACCCCCUUCUAGCAGGAUUUAAUAAGUACCUUUACACUGAUCUAGGAUAUAAAAACAGCAAACAAGUAGUGGAAACAGUGUCCAGGUUCUUGCAUUACAUGGACCCCACUGAGCCAAACUUGAUGUUUGUUCGGCGGGUGGAGAAAGUGCGAGAGUACUUUAACAUCUUGUCAGAUACAAAGCUCUCAAAAUGGACAGUUUUCAACUACUCGAAGAGUCUCAAGAGGUUCAUGAAAUACAUUAUUACCUCCACGGACAUUCGCCACAACAAUCCAGCUUUGUUCCAGGACUGUGAGAGUUUUAUGGAUGCGCUGUAUGGAAUACAGAGUGGCAUGUCCAAAGAAGUGAGCAUGGAGGUCACAGCAAAAAAAUCAGAGUUUGGUUGUGGCAAAGAAGUUUUGCCAAAGGACUGCCUUGCUGUUUUGGAGGCUGCAUUCAAAGAUUUCCAGGCCGUGAUAUGCAAAAUGCAGGGUCCAGGAGCUAUCACAGGGGACUGUUUGACUAAAAAUGAACGGCUGCUCGUCCUGUACUACCUGGAGGCUGUUAUCAUGCUGAAGCUAGUCCAGCGGCCUGGAAUUGUGACACACAUGACUGUUGAGGAUUGGGAGGGGAGGAGCCGUAUAGAGAAUGGUGUCUGUGUUGCAGUGAAGGAGCACAAAGUACCGUUGUCACACAAACAGGAACUUGUAAGUUUAUAUAGUCUUUUAUAUCAUAACAGCAAUAAAUAUAUUGUGUCAAAUUUAGACUUAUUUUUUUCCUUUCUUUAA